AUGGGCGCAAAUGAGGCAAGGGAUGACCCUAAUGUCAUCGUAGAUGUGUUCCCUGAUGAACUACCAGGACUUCCACCCAUGAGGCAGGUGGAGUUUACGAUCGAUUUAGUUCUCAGGGUAGCCCUUGUAGCUAAAGCACCGUAUAGGUUACCGUCCUUCGAAAUGCGAGAACUUUCUGAGCAAUUGCAAGAAUUGCUUGAUAAGGGUUUGAUCCAACCUAGUUCUUCGCCAUGGGGUGCGCCAAUUCUCUUUGUCAAGAAGAAAGAUGGAUCUUUGAGAAUGUGUAUCGACUAUAGAGAGCUGAACAAAUUGACGAUCAAGAAUAGAUACCCACUGCCACGAAUAGAAGAUUUGUUUGAUCAAUUACAAGGAGCGUCGCAUUUUUCAAAGAUCGAUCUUAGAUCCGGCUAUCAUCAAUUACGAGAAGAAGAUGUACCUAAAACGGCUUUUAGAACUCGCUAUGGGCAUUACGAAAGUAAGGAGGAACAUGAGAAACAUCUGAGAAUAAUCUUGCAGUUGCUUAGAGAUGAGAAGCUAUACGCUAAAUUUUCUAAGUGUGAAUUUUGGCUCCGACAAGUCCAAUUUCUUGGACACAUUGUGAACGAAGAAGGAAUCCACGUAGAUCCGGCUAAGAUGGAAGCGAUCAAGAAGUGGGAGACACCCAAGACGCCAACGGAAGUGCGUAGCUUCCUUGGUUUGGUGGGCUAUUAUAGAAGGUUCAUCCAAGGAUUUUCUAAGAUUGCGGUACCUUUAACCCAAUUGACUCAAAAGGCAAGAAAGUUCGAAUGGGGUGAAGAACAAGAGCAAGCGUCUCAAACGCUUAAGAACAUGUUGUGUGAAGCACCAAUACUAGCAUUGCCGGAUGGAAUGAAAGGAUUUGUAGUAUAUUGUGAUGCGUCGAAUAAAGGACUUGGAUGUGUGCUUAUGCAAAGAGACAAGGUCAUUGCCUAUGUGUCUAGACAAUUAAAGCCACAUGAGAAAAACUAUUCGACACACAAUUUGGAGUUGGGAGCCGUGGUAUUUGCUUUGAAGAUAUGGAGGAGAUGGAUGGAGCUACUAAAUUACUAUGAGUGUGAAAUAAAGUAUCAUCCGGGGAAGGCAAAUGUCGUUGCCGAUGCACUCAGUAAGAAGGUGAAUACUAAAGUGCCAAGGGCAAGAAUUAGCCACCUACAAGUAAGAAUGUCUCUAAGAGAUCGUUUCUUAGAAGACCAAGCGAAGGCCUUUGAAGGGAAGAAUAUUGAGAAUGAAGCAUUGUGUGGUAUGGAAAUGAGGUUUGAUAAGGAUGAUGAAGAGGCAAUGGGCACAACAUUAGCACUAAGCACGGCUUACCACCCUCAAACGGAUGGACAAAGUGAGCGUACGAUUCAAACGUUAGAGGAUAUGUUGAGGGCAUGUGCACUCGAAUUUAGUGGAAGUUGGGAUGAACACUUGCCCUAUCCGGAGUUCACCUACAUUAAUAGCUAUCACUCAAGCAUACAAUGUGCACCAUUUGGAGCUUUAUAUGGACGCAAGUGUAGAUCACCCAUGUGUUGGAUAGAGACAAGUGAAAGAAUUCUAGCUACUGUUGAUUUUGUCCAAGAGACAACGGACAAGGUAGCAAUCAUUAAAGAAAAGCUUAAAGCCGCCAGAGAUCAGCAAAAGAGUUAUGCGGAUCAAAGAAGAAGGCCCCUAGAGUUUGAAGUCGGCGACAAAGUGCUCCUAAGAGUCUCGCCAUGGAAGGGAACCGUAAGGUUUGGCAAAAUAGGAAAGUUGAGCCCCCGAUACAUUGGGCCAUUUGAAAUUGUUGCUAGGAUAGGCCCCAAAUGUUUAGCGGGUGAUUCGAAAGUAGUCCCACUCAAGGAACUACGAGUGGAAGAUAAGCUCCAAUUUCGUGAGGAGCCAAUAGAAGUUCUCGAUCGUGAUGAGAAGCGUCUUAAGAGAAGCAAAAUCCCUAUCGUUAAAGUUAGAUGGGAUACAAAACGCGGACCCGAAUUUACGUGGGAACGUGAGGACAUCAUACGUGAGAAAUAUCCGCACUUACUCCCCGAGCAAAUUCCGGGACAGAAUUCUGCUAAGGGGGGAAUCAAGGGGGAUGUGGUGAGAAGUGUUCAGAUUGCCAUUCAAGGACAAGUUGGAGAAGAUGUCACUGGUACUGAAGCCAGUGGACAAGUUGAUGAAGAGGCUGCUCGUACUGAUGCCAUGCCUGGUGAAAAGGAAACUGCAGAUUCGAGUGGUGGAAAGCUAGCCACGUAUGAGCAAAUGGAUGUUGAUAAAAAGAAAGACUACGAGGCUGAAAAAUCAGCCAUGGUUGUUCAUAAUGGGAAUCAGAAUGGUAGUUCUCCAAGCUCGGGUUUAUCAAGUAUGCCAAUGAGCAUAAGAUCUGCUGAUGGACAUCUGGGCAUGCUCGCUUCGUUUGUGUCUGCUCAUGAAAGGCUAAUUGGAGGAAAACUAACUGAUCCCGAACUGGUUAGGGAGGAUUACAAGCAAGUUGAUCCAGAUGAUCUAGAAGAAAUGGACCUGAACUGGCAAUUGGCUAUGUUAACAUUGAGAGUUCAGCGUUUCACCGAUAGAACUUGA